AUGAAGCCCAACCUCUGGAACAAGCUGGAUUUCGCCAGGGAUUCAGUUGCGUGGACACAUCCAGACACUUUCGAAGAUUAUCGCGCGUUUGACAGCGUCGAGACUAAUGCAAUACUGUCAGCGCUCUCGAACCUUCGUUUUGCGGACGACAUUUUUCUCUUCUCGAGGAAUAUCACUGGAGCGGAGACGAUGUUGAAGGAACUAAACGAAGUAGGGAAACGGAUAGGACUGCGAAUCAACCGGGAGAAGACUCAGUUCAUGAAGAACGCUUUUUGCGAGGAUCACGAAAUGGAAUUAGAAGGCUCUCCACUCGCGGAGAGGAAGCAAAGAGCAGCUUGGGCCGCCUUCGGGCUCCUAAAGGUAGCCACAGACCAGCUGAUGGACCAAGAGCUCCGAGCCCACCUUUUCGGUUCAAAUGUUCUCCCUGCACUCUACUAG